GCAACGUUGAUAUAAACAUGGCGGCGCCCACAUAUAAUGUCUGUCGUGGCCGUCGUGGCUUGUCGCACGUUGGUAACGUUGGCCAGUUCACAGACCACGCCGAGAGGUGAGUGAUUUGAGUUAUUGUUCAUCUUUCAAUCGAAAGAACAGUCUGAGUGCUAGACCGGCUAUUUCGAGCCAGUACGAGUGAUGAACGAAAGGCAGGCGAAACGUAAACGUAAAUCUUUCGGCGGCGAUCCUCGGCUACUUCCUCGUGUAAAGCAAGUGCUGAACGAGCACGACUCCGUCGAUGCCGACGACAUUACCGCCAUACUUCAGCAGCAAUACCCGGAAUACAAGAGAAAGAAGAGGAACGCCCUGAGUUACUCGGUAACCCACAUCCUAGAAAUGCUCGCUGAAGACGAACCACCGGCCGAACCUGAUCCAGAAUCAGUCUCCAGUCCGACGGACGAAGACGUUGAGCCAUACCCAGACAAAAACAUGGUGAACAAGUCCAUCACAGACCUGUACAGGACCCCAGACCCGAAACAGACCGAAACCCCGCCACAGAAAAACCGAAAAGCGCCGCGGAAGCUCAAACCCAACGACGUAGACGGAGCUGUCGAGCAGAACCUCAAGAACCGGAUGAACCGCCAAAAGGAGAUCGUCCUGAUGACCCCGACGACCAAGUUCGCCGACCUGGGAGGCAUGGAGGGACCGCUCGAAGAAAUCUGCAACAUGCUGAUGCACCUCAAGCACCCCGAAGUCUACAAGAAGCUGGGUGUUGUGCCGCCUAGGGGUUUCCUGCUACACGGUCCUCCGGGCUGCGGCAAGACGCUCCUUGCGCACGCCAUCGCUGGCGAGCUGGAGAUGCCGAUGAUCAAGGUGGCCGCGCCCGAAAUCGUCGCCGGCGUGUCCGGCGAGUCUGAAGAGCGAAUCCGGGAGCUGUUCGAUAAGGCGGUCAACAGCGCGCCAUGCAUCUUCUUCAUCGACGAGAUCGACGCCGUGACCCCAAAGCGAGAGACGGCGCAGCGCGAGAUGGAACGCCGCAUCGUCGCGCAGCUGCUGUCCAGCAUGGACGACCUCUCGCAGCGAGACCUGCCGGCCGAGGUCCUCGUCAUCGGAGCCACGAACCGGCCCGACUCCCUGGACCCGGCACUAAGGAGGGCGGGUCGCUUCGACCGCGAAAUCUGCCUCGGCAUCCCGGACGAAGCGGCGAGGGCUAGGAUCCUGGGCGUUCUCUGUCGCAAGCUGACCCUCGGCCCCGGCGUUAACCUUUCCGCCGUAGCCCACAGGACUCCGGGACACGUCGGCGCAGACCUGAUGGCCCUCACAAGAGAAGCCACCAUGUCGGCGAUCAACCGCAUCUUCCGCAGCAUCGAGGACAAGGUGACCGCCAUGGCGGGAGGCGAGCCCAAGCGGAAACUUGACACGGCACUCUCACUCCUCAAGGAAGUUCCGCCAUUGGACGAGGAGCAGCUGAAGAACCUUUCCGUCGGCAUGGAAGACUUCGAGUCCGCACUGAAGCUGGUGCAGCCAUCGGCUAAAAGGGAGGGCUUUGCUACGGUCCCGGACGUGACCUGGGACGACGUUGGUGCCUUGACGUCUAUCCGGGAAGCCCUCCAGGUUGCCAUUCUUGCACCUGUCCGCCACCGAGACAAGUAUGAGAUGUUGGGCCUGACCACGCCCACCGGCAUCCUGCUGCACGGACCACCGGGCUGCGGGAAGACCCUGCUGGCGAAGGCAAUUGCAAACGAGUCGGGCAUCAACUUUAUCAGUGUGAAAGGGCCGGAACUCCUCAACAUGUACGUCGGCGAGAGCGAGCGUGCGGUGCGGCAGUGCUUCCAGAGGGCGCGCAACUCGUCACCCUGCGUCAUCUUCUUCGACGAACUCGAUGCCUUGUGUCCUCGCCGUUCGGACUCUGCAGAUGGCGGCUCGGCAUCGCGCGUCGUCAACCAGCUUCUCACGGAGAUGGAUGGCUUGGAGCCGCGUAAGCAGGUCUUCGUGCUUGGCGCCACCAACAGACCCGACAUCAUCGACCCCGCUAUGCUCAGACCGGGGCGCUUAGAUGAAGUGCUGUAUGUUGGGCUACCGUCUCCAGACGAGAGGGUCGAGAUCCUCAAGACGCUGACGAGGAAUGGUAGCAGACCCCCAUUGAAUGCGUCGGUGUCACUGGAGGAGCUCGGGAAGGACAGCAGGUGCGACGGCUUCUCGGGAGCUGAUCUCGCGGCGCUGGUUCGGCAGGCGGCUGUGAUUGCGCUGACUGCAUUUCUCAAAGAAGGGUCAGACGCAAAGCUUCUCGUGGGGUGCGAGCACUUUGACGCCGCGUUUCAGAAAGUGACUGCUUCUAACAAGGGGCACAGGAACUUCAAAAAGCCUGCAAGAACUUCCAUUAGAUCGGAGGAACCAUCGGGCACGGAGUGACUUUGUUCGAAAGCAGUGCAUCAUUUUGGGGUGUGGUACAUUUCACCCUUUAUUACAUUUGUUUCUAUUUGUGCCUUUCUUGUUUACUGCCAUUCUUUCUUGAUUGGGAUGUGAAAGCAGACAAUUAAACUUCCUUUACUUCAUUGUCGCACACUCCACUCAGAUCAUCAAUUCGUGAGGUCUUAGUAGAAGACGGAAAACGUAAGGACUGCUGCUUGAAGCAGACAUUGGGAAGAAGUUUCAUUAGUCAUUUGAAAUGCUUGCAUAAAAAAUAAAUACUUCAAAAAUGUAUUUCUUUUGAAAAGUCACUCAUAAAAACAACUCUACAAAAUGUCUGCUUUACACUUCGAGAGAUGCCCCUAAGGGGUGUGGAGCUAUGAUAGUGUCCCUUUUGAUUGUCUGAAUUACAAAGUGGCAACAAACUUGACUCAAACUGUCACAUUUCAAAAUGGUGUCAUAUUUCCUGAAAAUCACUUAUGAAAAACUACAUGUUCAAAUUAUUUUGUGAUCAUUCUAAAUAAUCAUUGACAUUAAAGGGUUUUAAUCAUCUAA